AUGGCGUCUUGCAUCUCAACGCCGGGCUGCAAUUGUCACUCAAGGGAGAGGGGCCGGUAUCUGCUGGCUAUUGUUGGACCGGAGACCACGGGCAAGAGAAAGCAACGAGCAUCCAACCUGCUAAACGACGACACAUCGGCGCUGGUGUGCAGCGGCCGCUGGAGAUACUCAAGGACUCUGACUUCCUCCCUGAGGCGGACCAGGAGAUUGACAUCAACAUCCUCCAAGCCCCAUGCCGUCGUUAUCAACGUGUCGAGCGUCCUGGACUUCGUCCCCUUUUCCAUCAUCAAACCGGUGUACAACGGCACCAAGGCGUGGCUGCACUUCUGGAGCAUGAAUCUCCGCACGCAACUCAAGAAUGCAAAGUCCAACAUCAGGGUGGUGGAGGUUGCUCCCCCGAUGGUAGCGACGGACUUGCAUCCCGAGAGGUCGGAUCCAGACAGCAACAAAAAGAACAACAAUCCCAGUAUGCUGAGCGUCGACGAGUUCACGCAAGAGGCUUCUACCAAGCUCGAGCGGGGGGGGAGAUGA